AUGAACGAAGGAAAUCAAGGAAAUCUUCUUAAUCUAUACGUUAGUGCUCACAAACAACAGUUCUCUUUUGUCAACUGCUACUUGGAUAGAGCUUCAAAGCAUCAUCAUCAGCAACAACAAGUGCAACUAUUGCAGUCUUUGAUUCAGCAGGACGAGCGGCAGCGGUCUCUGGUUCCAAUUCGGAAUCAAUGGAAUCAACCUCUCCUGCAACCAUGUGGUCAACAGGCAAGGCCGCCAUUUCACAUUGGUUCCAUUUUGCCUAUUGGCAACACGAUUUCAACUUCUGCGGUUGCUAGUUUGAACUCUGACCUUCAAUCGCAACUACUAUUAUCGCUUGCAGACCCGCCGCCACGAAGAAUGAGCCUUCAAACUCUCGAGGAAGAACGGGAACAAGCACGGCACCGCGCUCGACUCCACCAAAUAUCUUACACCUCUUCGAUCGACUCUUCUACCAGGGCACCACUGCCAUCGUUGAUAUCUAAUGGGGCUGCAAUCAGUUCUGAUGACUCCCAUGAUGAUCAAGAUCGACCUGGUAUGGUGUGCGCCUCCUCGCCUCUUGCUGUGGGCAGAGGUCGUGCACACGCCGACAGCACUUGGGAGUCUCGCUUUGCAGAACUUGUCGAAUUCAAUCGCGAACACUGCCACUGUAACGUCCCCAGACGAUACAAAGCCAAUCCCAAGCUCGGGGUCUGGGUCUGUAGCAUUCGCCAGCAAAUGGCUCGAGGCACUUUGAAAAAUGUCAAGGUGGAACGAUUGAAUGAGAUUGGAUUCAGCUGGCGAGUGAUUGCGAAAGAAGGGCAGCAGACGACCAAUCAUCAAAUCUCUAAGAUGGACAACUGGAUUAAAAACUUUCAACUUCUCGCAUCCAUCAAGGGCAGUGUUGGAAAACGCUCUGUUCCAGCCUCAAAUCGCAAGCUCUGCAAGUGGGUUGGCAGGCAACGAGGGGAAAUGAAAGGAGGAACACUGUCGAUUGAAAAGCAGGAAAAACUGAAUUCAAUCGGCUUCCAAUGGAAACCAGUUAAUGUCCUCCCGUCAUGA